AUGAAUAAUGUCGCUAUUUUUCUUGGAUACGGAAAUGGUACUUUUUCUCCUGCCACCGAAUUUUCUACUGGCGAUGGUUCUUCUCCAUCCUUUGUUCAAGCUGGUGACUUUAAUAAUGAUCAUAUAUUAGAUAUAGCUGUCGCUAAUUAUGGAACUAGCGGUAUUGUUGUGCUUUUUGGAUUCGGAGAUGGGAGUUUUCUACUAGGAACCGAAUAUCAAACUGGUGUAGGAUCAACACCGUAUGCCUUUGCUAUUGGUGAUUUUGAUAAUGAUUUUCGGCUGGAUGUUGCUGUCGCAAAUGAAAAAUCAAACGAUAUAAGUAUUUUUCUUGGAUAUGAUAGGGAACUGUAUGCCGGUAUAACAUUAUAUAGUACGGGUCUUGGAUCACAGCCACAUUCAGUCGCUAUUGGUGAUCUGAAUGAAGAUGGUCUAUCCGAUAUUGUUGUAGCUAACUAUCGUACUGACAAUAUAGGUAUUUUAUUUGGACGUAAUGAUGGAGUUUUCGAUACUAUAACAACAUAUUCAACGGGAGUUGGUUCUGCUCCAUACUCUCUGUCCGUAGCUGAUUUUAACAGGGACAAUCAUUUGGACAUUGUUGUUACUAAUUCUGAAACAGACACUAUUACUAUUCUGCUCGGCUAUAGUAAUGGAACGUUUGCCAUUGAAACGACAUACUCGACUGGUGCUCGUUCUCGACCGUACACGGUGUCAGUUGGGGAUUUUAAUAAUGAUCAUAUAUUAGAUAUUGCCAUUGCAAAUUCUGGUACUAAUAAUAUAUUUCUACUUUAUGGAUAUGGUAAUGGCCUAUUUGGAAACAAAACUUCUUAUGCUCUAGGCUACGGAUAUGAUCCGUAUUCGAUCGCAGUCACAGAUUUAAAUCAAGAUGGUUGGACGGACAUUGCCAUUGCCUGUUAUGGCACAGACCAUGUAGAAACUCUAAUACAAAGAUGUUAG